GGUUGGAGAUGCGCCCGGCUUGCUCACGACGAGUCAAGAGCCGGCGAGACAGCGCAAGUUCCAUUGCAGCUCCAGGUGCCAGCGCCAGUGGUCUAUCACUCAACCGAAACGUCUCUAAUACUAGGCCGGCCGUACGCGACUUCACCCAUCCCCUGGUCCACCACAAGACAACAGAGGCCGACAUUGUCGACUUUGACGGCCCCCAUGAUCCAUACAAGCCCAUCAACUGGCCCACCAGGAAAAAGGUAGCAACCACGUUUCUAUAUGGCCUCGUCACAAUGUCGGCCACCUGGGCCUCAGCCGCGUACUCGCCAAUUGCCACACGGGUCGCCGAUGAGUUCCACGUCAGCUUCCGAGUUGCCAGCCUUGGAACAACCCUCUUCAUGCUCGGCUUCGGGCUGGGGCCUCUGCUCUGGGCACCCCUCUCCGAGGUAUAUGGCCGCCGAGUAGCAGUCCUCGGACCCAUGUUCAUCGCCACAUGCUUCUCCUUCGGAACCGCUACUGCCAAGGAUAUUCAGACUGUAUUGAUCACGAGAUUCUUCGCUGGCUUCUUUGCCUCUGCCCCGGUGACCAACACUGGCGGCGUACUUGGUGAUCUGUUCUCGGCGGCCUACAGAGGUAUAGCUAUGGCAGGAUAUGCAUUGGCCGUGGUCGGUGGCCCCACGUUUGGCCCCAUCGUCUCUGCGGCCGUACUCCAAGAUCCGAAGCUCACCUUUCAACUGACACAACAUAUCACUGGCCUCAUACAAGCGUUCAUACUCCUGUACGCAAUUAUCUUCAUUGACGAAACCUACCCACCCGUCCUACUUAUUUACAAAGCACGGCGUCUGAGGCACGAGUCCGGCAAUUGGGCCCUUCACACCAGGUUCGAGGAGUGGGACGUCAGCAUUACUGAACUCGCAAAGAAGUUCCUUAUCCGGCCACUGCAGCUGCUUUGCACACCCAUCUGCUUCCUGGUGGCCCUUUACGCCUCGUUCGUCUACGGAAUUCUCUACAUGCAACUCGGUGCAAUCCCUUACAUCUUCGGCAGGUUGAGGGGCUGGAGCCUCUUGCAGAGCCUGCUACCCUUCCUCGCCAUCGCUUUAGGUUGCGUUAUUGGCGCAGCCCUCAACAUACUCAAUCAAGUCGCCUACAACAAGGCAUACGAGGCAGCAGGUCAAAAGGCCAUCCCUGAGAAACGACUGCCGCCGAUGAUGCUAGGCAGUGUCCUGUUCGCCGGCGGCCAGUUUAUUACCGCCUGGACCGCGGAACCAAGAGCCGCCCCUUGGAUUGUCCCCGUUCUCGGUCUGUUUCUUAUGGGCUGUGGCUUCAACACCAUAUUUCAGGCGGCACUGAACUACCUCAUCGAUACUUUCCGUGCUUAUGCAGCUUCAGCUGUUGCCGCUAAUACUUUUUUGCGUAGCAUGUUCGCCGCUGGCUUGCCCCUGACCAUCUUGCCGCUCUACAGCACACUCGGCGUGGGACCGAGCCAGAGCAUUUUUGCUGGAUUCGCAAGCCUGUUGAUCCCCGUACCGUUUGUCUUCUAUUACUUCGGCAGGAAGAUCAGGGCUCGGAGCAAGUGGAGCAGGGCGAGUGUGUCCUAGACUGCGGGCAAUACGCAGUGCACAUACGAAAGAGGCGGACAUUAUGAGUAUUAGGGUAUCCACAUGUUCAUCUUCAAGACAGCAUUGACCACAUGGUCUGAGAAGG